CUGCCGAUGCUAGAACUACACAGGAAAGUCUGGAUGAGACUUUUUAUUUGACAAAUAUUUCACCACAAGUCGGAAAUGGAUUUAAUAGAGACUCUUACUUACCAUAUGAAGAAAAUGGUAAUUGGUAUGUGAAGUAUCAACUUAUAGGUAACCCUCCAAACAUUGCCGUUCCAACUCACUUUUUCAAAGUAAUCUUGGCUAGUAAAGAAAACGAUAGUGAUAGUCAAGGUAGAAAAAAGUAUGCUCUUGGCAGUUUCUUGAUACCAAACCAGCGCAUACCACAUGAUGAUCCACUUGAAAAAUAUGUGGUUCCACUUGAUGCUCUGGAGAGAGCUACUGGAUUAAGAUUUUUUGAAAAUCUUAAUAAAAAUGAUACUCAACCCCUUUGUGAGGCCACAAAAUGUGUACUAAUUCCUCAUCCAAAGUGGGUAGAAA